UGCGCAGACGCAGUGUGAAGUUUGUACAUUUGCUGGUAUAGAUAAAGGAGAAGCAGGGCGUUUCUAAAAAAAUAUGCUAUGUACGAGAGCAGAGGAGGGGUAAAGCCCACACUAAACAUGGAAGGAAAACCAAGUUACAUUUUGAAUGUCUAAAUAACUGGCUUUUUAAGGACACGUCCACCAAGUGUAUCUGUUGGUGGGACCAGGAAGAACCGCUCCCCUGUUGACAUCUUGUCGUGAUUGGUUCUCACUGGGACGAUCCGCCUUCGCCGUCUCUCUCCAGAGCCUGCAAAGCUUCUUCAUUUUGAGCCCUUACACUCGUGAUUGAUAUUGCAUUCAAAGCACCCAGCUACAGCUUAACCACAUGUACCGCAACCGAGCAGCAGCCUGGUCAAUAUUUCAUAGCUUCCUAAUGGCCACUAAUGUUUCAUUCUGAUUUAUGAUCAAGCCUUGAAGCCAUUACCAACUAUAUCAGAUUUACAUAAGCACUGUCGGGGGCUUUACAACUGAAACUGAAACAACUUAACUGAAGCUACACAUUCAAGAUUCACUAAACAAGAAUUGAGAUAUCGUAUUGUAGUUUCAUACCUACAAACAUCAGACAGAGAGUGACAGCCGACCCUACAGUUCCUGUCAAAAGCUCAGGAUGGAGGAGCACAUUAUCGCGACCGGUAUGGCCGCCAAGCUGAGGAGCCAGUGGGACCGUGAUGAAGGUCUGGGACAGAAUCACAAGGCCGUAAAGUUUCUGGGUCAGGACUACGAGAGUCUGAAGUCCCAGUGCCUCGAGGGCAGGAGGCUGUUUGAGGAUGGUUUGUUCCCUUGUGCCACAUCGUCUCUGGGAUUCAACGAGCUUGGCCCCAGAUCCGCCAAGACCUCCGGAGUCCGCUGGAUGAGGCCCACGGAGUUCUGCAAGUGCCCCGAGUUCAUCGUAGAUGGAGCCACUCGCACAGACAUCUGUCAGGGAUCUCUGGGCGACUGCUGGCUGCUGGCGGCCAUUGCCUCGCUGACGCUGAACGACAACCUGCUCCACCGAGUGGUUCCUCACGGACAGGGCUUCCAGCAGGGAUACGCUGGCGUCUUUCACUUCCAGUUCUGGCAGUUUGGCGAGUGGGUGGAGGUGGUGAUCGACGACCGGCUGCCUGUGAAGGAUGGGAAGCUGCUGUUUGUCCACUCAGCAGAGGGGACCGAGUUCUGGAGCGCACUGCUGGAGAAGGCCUACGCAAAGUUGAACGGCUGUUAUGAAGCUCUGUCAGGGGGCAGCACGUCCGAAGGCUUUGAGGACUUUACGGGCGGCGUGACGGAGAUGUUCGAGCUGAGUAAAGCCCCCCGCGACCUGUACGGCAUCAUCAGCAGGGCCAUAGAAAGAGGCUCGCUGCUGGGCUGCUCCAUAGACAUCACCAGCUCCAUGGACAAAGAGGCCGUGACGUUCAAGAAGCUGGUGAAGGGACACGCCUACUCUGUGACCGGUGUGGACGAGGUCGUUUACAGAGGAAAUAUGACCAAGUUGGUUCGCAUCAGGAACCCCUGGGGGGAGGUGGAGUGGACCGGAGCCUGGAGCGACAACUCCAGAGAGUGGGACAGUGUGGAUCGCUCCGUCAGAGGUCGGCUACAAAACCGCAGUGAGGACGGUGAAUUCUGGAUGUCGUUCAGUGACUUCCUGCGUGAGUUCACUCGUCUGGAGCUCUGCAACCUGACGGCUGAUGCCCUGCAGAACAGCCAGCUGAAGAAAUGGAGCUCGUCGCUUUAUCAGGGCGAGUGGAGGAGGGGCAGCACGGCCGGAGGCUGCAGGAACUUCCCAGCAACCUUUUGGCUCAACCCUCAGUUCAAGAUUGCUCUGCAGCAUCCCGACACUCCCGGCCAAUCAGAUUGCAGCUUCCUGGUCGGCCUCAUGCAGAAGGACCGCAGGAAGAAACGGCGGGAGGGCAAAGACAUGGAGACCAUCGGGUUUGCCCUCUACGAGGUUAGCUGACGCAUUAUUAACUCUCCCCCCUCUCAGUUUAAGGGCAGCUCAGGCGUCCACCUGAAGCGAGACUUUUUCCUCACCCACGCCUCCAGCGCCCGCUCAGAGCUCUUCAUCAACCUGAGGGAGGUCAGCUCGCGGUUGCAGCUGCCGGCCGGGGAGUACAUCAUUGUCCCCUCCACCUUCGAGCCGCACAAUGAGGCCGACUUUGUCCUCAGAGUUUUCUCUGAGAAGCCCGCGGACUCAGAGGAGCUUGAUGAUGAAGUAACAGCUGAGCUUCCAACAGAGGUCGAGCUGGACGAGAGCCAAAUCGAUGCCAGCUUCAAGAAUCUCUUCAGACAGCUGGCGGGGGCGGAUAUGGAGAUCAGCCUCACAGAGCUGCAAACCAUACUGAACAGGAUCAUCAGCAAACAUAAAGACCUGAAGACAGACGGCUUCACGAAAGAGGCCUGUCGCAGCAUGAUAAACCUCAUGGACACGGACGGCAGUGGUAAGCUGGGCCUGACAGAGUUCCAUGUCCUCUGGGAAAAGAUUAAGCGAUACCUGACCAUCUUCAGGCAGUUUGACCUGGACAAAUCUGGCACUAUGAGCUCCUACGAGAUGAGGAUGGCUCUUGAAUCUGCAGGUUUUAAGCUGACCAACCAACUGUUCCAGCUGAUCAUCCUGCGUUACACCGAGGCCGACAUGGCUGUGGACUUUGACAACUUUGUCACCUGUCUGGUCCGACUGGAGACCAUGUUCAAAACCUUUCACACCAUGGACACGGAUAAAGAUGGUCUCAUGUCCCUUAACUUCACGCAGUGGAUUACCCUGACCAUGUUUGCCUAGAGACGAGUGGACACCUCUGUAAACGUUGCUCUGCAUCCCGCUGCAGCUCCAGGCCCAGUAUGUUUGGUUUCAGAAGUGCCUUUUCUCCACCAGUUCUUCCUCUUGCGACGCUCUGACGCUAAAAGACCGUAAAUCCAUCUUUACAGUGCCUACAUUGGACAUGUGCCAAACCUUUAUUUGCCACCUGCUUUGCCAACAGCGGGACGCUCAGUUCUUGUAGCCUGGCGGUCAACAACGCGGUCACACAGACGGCGGGCGAGAACGUUUAGCUGUGCAAACAUUUCUUGCAGAAAUAAACAUAUUGGUUUAAUUUCAGUAGAUGGAGACAAAAUGUCCCUAAUUUUAAAUAUUUAGUUUGGAAAUAAAACACCAUCUAACAAUAUAUAUCUUUUUUGAAGUUACACUCUUAUCUCAGCUACGUGUUUAAGGACUUUUUAAAAGCUUGGUUGUAAAAAACAAACCUGAUAUAAUUCAUAAGGUAAUUAAGUCGUAAAAUAAGUUGAUUAAUUGAGGAAAUAACACGGAUGAAUCAAAGCAUUAAAUGCACAAAAAACUAGAGGGAGGAAAUGUGUAUUCAUUGAAAAUAAGACAUUUUAAUUUAGCAGAAAUUAGCUGUCAAUUAGCAUUUCCUUUUCUAACCUGGGUUGAUUCUUCUUGGAAAUAAAAAUCUGUUUAUAUUCCCAUUAAAAUGUCUGGUUUGGUAAUCCACAUCAGCUGAUUCAGUAAGCCAAAAACAUAAUGUGUGUUUCUGUCCCAACUGCCCUGAAACUCAACCAAAAUGAUUAUUUUUGCACUUGGGAAAUGUAAAGUUUAUUAGUGGUUUCGAUUUUAACAGUGUUUUUAUCAAAAAUGAGCAAAUCAACAAUUACAUGAUUUAUACAUUAUGGGAUACUUUAGUGGGGCUUUUUUUUAAAUACAGAUUUAUGAUUAAAUCAAUGUAUUGAAGUGAAAUCAAUCCAGGGGCUAGUCCACCGAGAGUGAAUGUCCCUGAAGUUAAUCUGCAAAGCACUCCUGUUUAUUUUUUUUAGAAAAACAAUUCCAAGUUGAGCCGACUGUCAGUUUUUGCAAUCUUUGUGCCCGAUGUGAAGAGCUGCUUAGUGCGCUAGCUUCUUCUCCAGCCUACAUAUGAAUGUGCAGAGUGUGUAUCUCUACUCUGCCUCCGUCGCGAUGUAGCCAGCGAGGCACUUUCCGUUUACAUCUUUUGCCAAACCUUUGCUUUCACCUCAGCAUCAAGAGUCCUCUCAUGAGUCCUCACUGGGCCCUGCAGCGCGGAGACAACGUCAGUGUGCUGUAGCAUAGAGAAUGUGUUGAGCUCUAUUUCUUAAAUAAUAAUCCUGUUUAGAUUUAAGGCAUAAUUAUGCAUGGCACUUUUUACUGGAAAUCUUUUAUAUCAUUGUUGGAAGUGGAUGUUUUGGUGGUUUUAAAAGGGAUGUGUCAGCAUUGUUUUAAUCUUGCCUUUGACGGGAACACAUCAAUACUUUGGGUGAAGGUGAACUAUUAUGCAAGAUGCGUGGAAAUGUUGUAUGCAUGCAGCGUGAAAUGUGAUAUAUUGUCUGCCUGCCUAGUUUCUGUUCAAUGGGAGCAAGUGUUUUAUUUGAAGGCUUGUAAUUCCAAAAUAAUAUGUCACUUUUGGGGAGAAAGAGGAGCUUUUUAAGUAUGGAAGAUUCUACAAGUUAAGUGUUUUUACUAUCUUAUCAGAGUGGUUUUCAAAUGCCAAAAUAGUUUGUUUUGCCAAAUAUUUCUGUGCUCCUGUAAGUGGAAGAACUUGAAACAUUUAAUCAAAGAAGUGACAACCAAACCCUUAAAUUUGUGUAAUACUCCGACAAUGCCAGCAUUCCUGUCUUCAGUUUUUGCAGCGUAAUGCUUAUGUAACAUUACCUAGCGUUUACACUGGCGACAUUCUGGGCCCUUUUGGACCCGAGCUUCAUGCAAUACAUUGGCUUACUCUGUAGCGUCUCUGUAAAACUUCAGUACACACUUUGAAAAUAAACAUGGUAUUUUAUGA